GUUUUAGUUUCGUUACGGUCAAAACUCAGGAAAAAAAUAACCUUGUUUUCCGCAUAAGCCAUGUAGCUAGAUUGAAACCCAAAACCAAAACCUUUAUGUCCUUAAAAACUGUCGCUCUCUGAUCUUCAUCGACACCGAAUCACACAGAUCUCUCUGCCACCGAAGAAGAAACAAACAGUAAGGUCAUGUCGCGUGAGAGACUCAAGAGAGGUACACUACCUCCGGCUCAAGAGAAUAUUGAGAAAUUGCAGAAAGUUGUAGAGGAGGGUAAUUAUUAUGGAGCUCAACAAAUGUACAAAUCAAUUAGUGCAAGAUAUGUAUCUGCUCAGCGGUAUUCUGAUGCCUUGGACAUCCUUCAAUCUGGUGCAUGCAUCCAAUUGAAACAUGGGCAGAUUACUUGUGGGGCGGAGCUUGCUGUGUUGUUUGUGGAGACACUUGUUAAAGGGAAAAUUCCUUAUGACAGUGAUGCCCUUGACCGUGUCAGGAAAAUUUACAAGAUGUUUCCUCAGAUUCCUCUGCCGCAACACUUGCCAGAUGAUGAUGAAAUGGAACAAAUAUCUGAAGCCCUUGGGGCAGCAAAAAUACGUGUAGAUGGCUGCUCAUCAUUCUUAAAAGCUGCUUUAAAGUGGUCUGUGGAGUUUGGAGCGCAUAGGAGUGGAUCUCCUGAACUACAUGUUAUGCUAGCUGAAUAUAUGUAUUCUGAAUCUCCUGAAGUGGACAUGGCUAGAGUAUCAAAUCAUUUUGUUAGAGGAAAUAGCCCAAAGAAGUUUGCUUCUGUUCUAGUGAAUUUUAUGGGGAAGUGUUAUCCAGGUGAAGAUGAUUUGGCCAUUGCACGAGCAAUUUUAAUGUAUUUAGCUAUGGGUAAUCUGAGAGAUGCUAACUAUCUCAUGGAUGAGAUAAAGAAACAACUGGAAUCAAAUCAGCUUGACUUUCCCCAAUCAGAUUUAAUCCAGUUCAUCAUAUAUCUUUUGCAAACAUUGCAAAGAGAUGCUUUGCCUCUUUUUAAUAUGUUGCGAGCUAGUUACAAGACAAGUAUAGAAAGGGAACCUGCAUUUAAUGAGUUGCUAGAUGAAAUUGUGGCAAAAUUCUAUGGAGUGCGGCGUAGAAAUCCCUUGCAAGGGGUGUUUGGGGAUAUCUUCAAGAUGAUGGGAGGUGAAUAGCAACGUGACACAAGUUCAAUCUCUCCACUGUUGUGGAUCCAUCGAUGCUUCAUUUGUUGUUGCUUCAAAAGGAGUAAUUGAUCAGUUUGGUACUUAUUACCCAUUAUCAUAUAUGGUGGUUCUGAAAAUUGUAAUUUCAUUAAAUUUCAGUGACUGGGAAGACCUCCUGGUCUUUUGAACACAACUAUUUCCUUGUUCACUGUAAAAAAUCCUCAAUUUGGGCUUUUGUUAUUAUUGGAUUAUCCAAAUUAUAUUUCUUCAUUUUUCAUUAAAAAUGGUCUCGCCAGAUCUGAAAUGUGCUGCUACUUUGUUUUUGCAGUGUGUUUAGCACUGUCUUAUUAAUAUCCCCACAAUAUUUGAGUU